ACCUGAAGCUUCCAAGCCCAAGAUGCGUUAAGCUGUGCUGGAGCACGUGCCCGUACUGGUAGAGAUUUGCUACCAUGGAGGAUGUGGAGUCGCGUUUCAUGCACUUCCUGCAGCCCAUCAGGGAUCUCACCAAGAACUGGGAGGUGGAUGUGGCAACUCAGUUGGGGGAGUACCUGGAGGAGCUCGACCAGAUCUGCAUUUCAUUCGAUGGCGGCAAAACCACCAUGAACUUCAUAGAAGCAGCACUGCUGAUCCAAGGUUCCGCUUGCAUCUAUAGUAAGAAGGUGGAGUAUCUCUACUCAUUGGUCUACCAGGCGCUCGACUUCAUCUCCAAUAAAAAGCGUGAGAAAUUCCCUGCCUCAGUAGGAUCGGAUGGGGCUGACAAAGAUGUCAGCACUGGACCAAGAGCAGCAGAGGAAGAGUUCCUCUCUUUGGAUGACAUCCAAGACACCAGCAGAGCAAAUGUGGAGUUGAGGGACGACCGGCCGCACGUGAAUGUCAACAUUGUCCCCUUGACGCCAAUGUCCCUGGUUCCACCAGAGGAGGCAGAGAAGAAGGACAACCCCCUCUUCAGCCAGAAGGGGGAGAUCUUGGCAAGCCGGAAGGAUUUCCGCAUGAACAUGUACACCCCGCACAACAACGGCACCUUCAUGCUGGAGCUGGCAGGAAUCUCGCCCAUACAAUGCCAACUUGAGAGGAACUGCGAGUGGGGAGUGCAGAACCUUGGCCCAGCAGCUGGUUCCACGCCCAUGGAGACCAGUCGUGUGUGCGCAACUCCUGUUCUCAUCCUGAACUUCUCUGAAGAAGGAGCAGGUGCAGGAGUUCCUCUCUGUGACAAUGACGACGACGGUGACAACUUCCUGCCGGAUGUGCCAGAGGGAGCCCCAGAUGCCGCCCCAGCUGGAGUGGAGGAGCAUGUGGAGCAUCACACGAGUAUCCCCCAGAGGAAAGGGUACAUGCUGCGGGAGAGACCCCCUGCCCUGGCUGCCACUGCCCACGUCAAGGAGAUGCUGGACCCCUGGCGCAGCCUCGAUCCCUUCAGCUCCUCAGACGACAAACCUCUGAAGAAAGGCAGGCCUUUCGCGGUGCCACGUGGCCUGGAGGACUUGCCCGGCACCAAGCGGAAGAGAAGGCUGUCCUGCAAACUGCAGGAGUUCACAGCAUGGUUUUCAGCCACAGAGCACGACCGAGCCGGCAGCCAGAGAAGCCGGAGGAAAGGCCCAACGUUUGCUGAUCUGGAAGUCUUGUACUGGAAGCACGUGAAGGAGUGCCUGGCUGCCCAGAGGAAGCAGCAGAGAAGAAUGCGAGGCCUGCUGCUGCCCAAGCCGUUCGAGGAGCCUGACGCCCUGGAGGAGGAGGAGGAGGAGGAGGCGGAGCGCGAGGAUGACGCCGCGGAUGACGGCGGGGCAGGUGACUUUUUGGAGCAGGAAGACAUCCCCCAGCUCGAAGCCCCAGAGGCGGCGCCCGAGGGCGUGAUAGAUCCUGGUGAAGUCCCCUCCUCCCUCAGCUACGAGGAGCUGGUGCGGCAGAACGUGGAGCUGUUCAUGGCGCAUUCCCAGAAGUAUGCCCGAGAGACGGUGCUGUCCCGGCGUGUCCGGGACUGGGAGGAGAUGAUGGGGCCGCAGCUGGAGGACCAGGAAGCGCACGCAGCCUUCGACAUCCACAGCUACGGGGACCGCUUGGGGUCUAGCUUGGGCCGCGUGGGCGAGUGGCGCUCUUUCGCCAGCCUGGUGGCUGGGCAGCCGGCCUUCGAGGUCUGUCGCUGCCUGCUGGCCUGCCUGCAGCUUGCAAAUGAUUAUACCAUUGAAAUCUCCCAGAAGCCCGGCCUGGAGGAGGCGGUGGACACCAUGGCAGUGCGCCUGCUGACUCAGGAGAAGGCCCAUGAGCGCUUCCGCACCUACACAGCUCCCUCGCUCACCCAGCAAUGACAGA